AUCGCCCCUUCGCUUCUCUUCAACUACCGUCCAUCUUUUGAUCAAUCCUUUCUUAUCUCGACGCCGGAUCGCGCAAUCUCCGCAUCUCGUUCUUCUUUUCUCUUAUCUUUUCUCUUUCUCUUCUUUUUUUUCCUUCUGACCGCUCACUUUCCGGAUCCCGGGGCACCCAAUCCGCCGCCAUGGUGCUCAACGUCUUUCGCAUUGCUGCGGAUUUCUCGCAUCUGGCGAGUAUCCUCAUCUUGCUGCACAAGAUGGUACAGCUCAAGAGCUGUUCGGGCAUCUCCUUCAAGUCGCAAGGCCUGUAUCUGCUCGUCUACCUCACUAGAUACCUCGAUCUCUUUUCGACCAACAGCAUCUACAACUUCGUCUUCAAGGUCCUCUUCAUCGGCUCCCAGGGCUACAUCAUCUACCUCAUGACCAACGCCUACAAGCCCACCAACGAUGUCAACGUCGAUACCUUCCGAGUGCAGUACCUCCUCGGCGGUGCCGCUAUCCUCGCCGUCGCCUUCCCCUACUAUUACACGCCCGCCGAGAUCAUGUGGGCCUUUUCCAUCUGGCUCGAGUCUGUGGCCAUCCUCCCGCAGCUGUUUAUGUUGCAGCGCACUGGCGAGGCAGAAACCAUCACGACUCACUACCUCUUCGCCCUCGGACUCUACCGCGCCCUCUACAUCCCCAACUGGAUCUACCGCUACAUCGCAGAGCCCAACCAUAAGGUGGAUUGGAUUGCCAUUGUCGCCGGCCUGAUCCAGACGGUUCUCUACAGCGACUUUUUCUACAUCUACUACAACAAGGUUCUCAAGGGCAAGAAGUUUAAGCUGCCUGUUUAAGGGACAAAGGGCUUUUGCUGGGUGCUUUACAAAAAAAGGAGGUGACGCUAUUGCCCUGCGACAGGGAUUGGAACAGGUCAUCACUCUGGGGUCUGUUCAAGGUGAUGAAAACUUCACGGCAGACCGUUGUGAGGACUUGUUAGUCACCGCAAACAAGGGAGCUCUACGGCUACGACAAUGCACGGGAUGAAAUUAGUUUUACGGGGAGAGAAUGAUUGCAUCGGCGGCGUUUGAUGGUAUGCUCGGUUUGAGGCAGUAAGGGAAAGGGCGUCAUCUCUUAAUAUGAGGAUUUCGUGAGUUUGGGCCAUGUACGUUGUGGACGAAAAAAUUAGAGGGC